CGUUUGGCUGACAGAAAAAAGAAAAACAAUUUAGAGAAAAUAUUAUCUAAAGCUGAGAGAAGAUUGGCAAUGGGUGAAUCUGCAGUUCUGUUUCAUUCACAUUCGUUCGCAGCUCCUUCUUCACGUCAUGAGGAUAAUACGAUCCAUGCGCUUAGCCAAUCAGUCUCCUUUGGGAGAUUCGCGACAGAGAAUCUUGAAUGGGGGAAGUGGUCAAGUUUCUCGCACAAAAAGUACGUCGAUGAAGCAGAGAAAUACUCUCAGCCUGGUUCCGUUGCUCAGAAGAAAGCUUUCUUUGACGCUCACUACAAGAGAAUAGCUGAAGCUAAGAAAGCAAAACAAGCACAGCCGGAAAGUGUUGAGGUGUUGCUAAAAACUUUGGAGACAUUGACUAAUCAGGAUGAAGUUAAGGAAGAACAGAGUGGUGAAACAGAGUUAGUCUUGGGUGGUGAAGAAGACGUUGUGGAAGCUAACACCGUGAUUGAAGAAGAUGGUUUACAGGCUGUUAUUGAAGUGCUUGAUGGUCUGGAAGAGAACGAGAGAUCUGCUGUUGAAGAAGAGGUAAAAUCUGUAACCAAGAACUCAUCGUUGCAUAGAUCAGAAGCUCCAGACAAACCAAUGGAGCUCGUUGUCACACGGAAAACAAGUGAAAAUUUGAUGAAUAACAAGGAAAAACCAGUUCGUCAGAGAUUCAGUUUAUUGAAGCUUUUGAUGGGAAACACUAAGACUCAACGUCAGAACUCCAAGAAGAAGACAGAUAAGAAACCAAUGAAACCAUUUCUAUGUCUUUGCUUCAAUUCUGAUGUGGUCGGGGAAACAAAAGGGCCAACAAAAACUCAGAGGAGGAAUCUCUGAGAAUAAAAGAUAGAUUCUUCUUCUAAUGUUGGUUACAAAGCUUUUAGAAAGAUCUGUCAUCGGAUUCAAAGUAUGUAGCAAAAUAGAAUCUUUUUGAGUGCACAGUGGCAAAAACACAAAACUGGAACACCCAGAAGAGAGCUGGCUUCGUUUUCUUGUAUUGUAUAUAUUUUCAAUGAAAUAAACUGGUUUCUUUUUCAA